ACCUGCUUCUUCUUUUUGCCUGCAAGAAAAAAAAAAAGAAUUUUUGAAUUAAAUUACCAAAAUGGAAAAUGUAUUUCAAAGACAAUCUGAACUAAUUCGUCUUUUUGUAAAACCACAAAUGCCAACAAAUAAUGAAUUCCAUGAAGUAACUCCUUAUCAACUUGAAGAAUAUUUAAACGAACAAAAAGACCAAAACCCUAAACAAAAACAUAUGCUAAAUCAAUAUCAUCAAUUGUCCAUCAUGGCCAAAGUGGACAUAAAUACCACAGAAAUAGAAUUAGAAAAGCUUCUUCAUAACGACGUCCGUACAUUAAUUGUGCUGAAAUACUACAACACUCCUCAGGACAUGGACCAAAUUUUUCUAAAAAUCAAUACAUGCAUUGAUAGAUUUUAUAGAGAAUCUCUUUACAGAACUCCAAUUGGAAUAGCAGUAGCUAUUAAUGGAGAACUUUUAAUCACAGGUCGCAUGAGAAACAAUCAGAGUGUCUUUCUAGAGGCUGGACACAUCAUUGUUUUGACCAACAAUGAGGAAUACAAAUAUUGCUGCUUCAAGGAAGUGGUGUAUGUCAGCAAUUUGUCUAAAUAUUCUGAGUUUAUGAAGCUCGGUGAUAUUGUUUUAAUGGGAGAAAAAGGUGAGAUUGAAGCCGAAGUCGUCAAAUGUGGUUCUUUACCAAUAACAAUCAAAGUCACUAAACCAGGACUUUUGAAAUCUUUUAUGAGUUUCAAGAUUCCCUUUUAUAUCAAGGAAAAUACACUUAAUCAAAAAGAUUUGGCAGAUAUUGACGAUGCAAUCAAAUACGGAGCCAAUUUCUUGAUGAUUCCUGAAAUCCGAAGUGUAAACUUCUUAAAAUCCAUCAAAAAACACAUCGGCAAUGAUGUAAACUUAAUAGGAUCAAUCGACUUUGAGUAUUUGGAAUCAAAAUUCAUUGAUAUUACUGAUCAUUUGAUGGAACUCGAUGCUAUUAUCAUCGAUCAAAUAUUUUGUCCAGCUUCACAGAAACUACUUGAAAAUGCAAUUGCCAAAUGCAAGAAAUUUGGAAAGUCAUUAGUUGGCAAUGUUCGUUUAAAAAAGUGUAGUGACUUUAGGAAGCUAGAAAACCACAUGAGAAUUCGACAAAUGGAUUGUCUAAUGAUCCAGAAAAGCCCACUACGAAUGAAAUUUCCUUUAAUCGCUAAGAAACUACUCCCAGUUGGCAAUCAGAAAUUACAAAUUCCCCCUUUGGAUAGUUUGUCAUGCAAAGAUGGAAUUGUUAAUUUUGUUCUGCGAACUAUUUACUCAAUUCCAUGUCAGGGAAUUGUGGUAACUAACGCUUGUUCAAAAGCCGCUGAAGCAUUUUCAACUUUUCAAAUUUAUUGCCCAGUGAUUGUUGUUGUUGACAAUGAUCAGAUGGCACGUCUAUUGAAUCUAAAAAAGAACCUUAAAACCAUCGUUGGUCGAGAUAACAUUCCAUCGAUGGAUUUGGGAAUUGAUUUUGGAAGGAAAAAGGGUAUAUUCUCAACUGGAGACUUUAUUAUUUGCAUUUCUGAUAGUCAAGAGGAAGAUUCUCAGAUUUGUGUCAAUCUACGGGCAUAUUUUUUGCCGCCAAUAGAAGAAGAAUUGUUUGAAUAACUUACCUGCAGUUUUGGGAACUUUAGAAUCGGCGACAUCGCUGUCGGAAGAAAUCUCUUCCAGAGAAAUGUGUUCUAUGAAAUUAAAAAAAAAGAAAAA